CUUGAAAGUUUGCGGAAGUUUAAGCAAUUAAUAGAAAGUCAGGCUUCAAGACGAAACCGGUAGAAAGGCUCUAAGUAGAUUUUUGUAUUCUAAUAGAUGGACCUGAACUCGGAGAAGAUACAGCGGAUCCUUUCUAAGUACAAAUUCCACGAUGUUGCAAUUGAAGAGCUUCAGAAAAUCCAUCGCAUCUUCCCAGGGAUGACACCAGUCCCGGGCACAUACACAUUCAGUGACAGCACCCAAAAAGAUCUUCUGAAAUUAAUCGGUAACAUUCCUGUCCAGUAUGAAGGUCACACCUACAACUUUCCAGUUCAGUUGUGGCUCAUGGACUCAUUCCCCUUCACUCCUCCCAUAUGUCUCCUAAGACCUACUUCCAACAUGGUCAUUAGAGAGGGCAAGCAUGUGGACACCAAAGGACGGAUUCACCUGCCUGCCCUACACAACUGGGAUUAUCCAAAGUCAUCCGUGGUGGGCCUUCUAAAAGAGAUGAUUGCCAAAUUCGAGGAGGACCCUCCACUGUCUACAAAGUCCACAGACGACAACAAAGACCCUCAUAAGCUUCUGUCAUUUGUGUCUAAUUUCCAAAUUAAUGAUGGUGGGAUCAGACAGUACAAUCAACCAAUCAAUAAAGUCUCAGUCAUUGGGGGUGGAGAUUUGGGAAUGGCAUCAGUGAUGAGCAUCAUUUCAAAGUGUGAUGUGGAUAAACUUGUUUUCAUCGACGUUGCUCAGAGUUCCACCAAAGGAGGCAGCACAGAUCUGGAAAUUUUCAGUCUGCCAAAGGUUGAAGUAUCCAGAGAUUUGUCAUCCUCUGCAGGAUCCAGAGUUGUCGUGGUGACUGCGAAUGCCUGGAGCAGCGAGCAGUCGUACAUACGGGUGGUCCAGACUAAUGUUGAUAUGUACAGGGGUAUCAUUCCAAAUCUGGCCCGUCUCAGCCCGAACGCAGUAAUGGUCAUUGCUUCACAGCCAGCGGACAUCAUGACUCACAUCGCCUGGAGGCAGAGUGGUCUGCCUCCGACUCAGGUGAUCGGAGCAGGGUGUAACCUGGACUCAGAGAGACUCAGUCAUGUUUUAGAUAUUAACCUGAAUACUCACAAACAAGCCUGGGUUAUAGGAGAACUGUCAGACAACAAAGUUCCUGUGAUGAGUAACACUGGGCUGAACAGCAGCACACACACUGAGAUUGCCCCAGGAUCCACCUCUACCAAACCUUUGUUGGACAGAGCCUUUGAAAUGAUUAAGAAUCGAGGACAGCGUUCGUGGUCAGUGGGUUUGUCCGUUGCUGACAUCACAAACAGUAUCCUGACCAAUAAGAUGAAGAUCCACUCCGUCUCCACAUUAGCCCAGGGUUGGGGUGGCAUCAGUGCAGAGGUCUUCCUCAGUCUGCCGUGCUUUCUGGGAUCGAAUGGUUCCACACGCCUUGCAGGAGUGCCUCUGGGACCAGAAGAGGACUCCAAACUCAGGGAAAGCGUCACCUCCCUUUGUGACCUCAUGACUCAACUUAUGAUAUGAAUGUUACUCAGCUCGGACCAGUAGCUUUAGUUGACUGGCAUGGCUUUUCUCCAGUCAAUACCUCAGCUGUCCAGAAGUUGAAUGCAGUUACAGUGAACUACUUGCACUUAAUAGUUUUGAACUAAGAAGGUUAAAGCUUAACUAGAAAACACUCCCCUAAUGUUGUUCACAUUUGGUGUAUUCAUAAAGAUUGCUCUUCCCAUAGACCUCUGAUAUAAAACAAACAUAAGUUACACUAUUGAGUUGCAUUUUAUGUAUUUAAAUACACCAGCAUAAUGUAAAGUUAGUCGUUUGAAUGUACAUGAAAGUGAGGCCGUAACGCUCUAUGCCAACAUAUCUAACCCAGUGACUGUUAGAGCCGUUAACCAUUUUAAUCUAUUUUGUCACAAAUAACUCUGAUUAAUCUUUUACCAAAGAUGCAGUUACACUUAUAUUCAUCUUUUACCAAUUGUUAAAAUUUGUCUAUGCAAUCUUUUUUUUUUCUGUUAAUCUCUGUGUAUUUGUUGUUGGGAAAAUCCAGGUGUUGAAUAAAGUAUAGGGCAAUAUGCAAUACAGGAUAUUGCGGGUGAACCAGGUGAUUGCCUCAUUAAUGAAGGACACUCAAAAAAAAAAAAUAUAUAUAUAUAUAAAAAUGACAUGCGUAUAUAAUUCCUGUUUUAAUUGUAUUUCUAUGCCUCCCUGACUAAACUGUGUUAGCUCUCUCCAUUGUUUACUUUGAAAAUGCCUUUGCACUGCUGGAUACCUAAGACUAUGUACAGGGAGCAAUAUAACAUGACAUUGUGUGUGCAAUAAAUAUCUAAAACCA